UUUGUCUUCGGUUUUAGAGUUAUUGAUGAAGGUUUCACCUCGAAAAACCGCAUUACGGAGAAGUGCGCAGCUGAGAGAAGAUAGAUAGAAGUCGAAAGUUUAUUGAGAUAGGAAUAGAGACAAUGAAGGCCAACUUUUUUCCAGUGAGACGGGGCAUUCCCAUUCGAGGUGCCCACUUCGUCAAGAAGCAUCAGUUUCGUAGUUUUGCAGUAGAGGCAGACUUGGAGACUGAAGCACAAGUCUCGUCGAGCCGAGCUUUAAAUGGUAUUUCCUCGGAUGGGCGUUCGAUGGUUCUUAGAGUGCGCUAGCGACGCUUUACGUGAAAUGAAAUUUUUCACGCUACCGCGUAGGUCUGGUUUUCCGCUGCUUAUGCGACGGCGCGACGAUGUAAUCCAGGAGCGCUCAAAAUUCGACGGCAGCUGGGUGGGAUUACAGUUACAUGCGACUUUCCGGACUGAGUGUAAUAUGGUCGGAAAACCGGGCGCACUUGGUAGACACUUUAACAAAGGUGCACGUGGAAUAUGGCCGGACUUGCCUUUGAUUUCUGUUUCUCCGAAUACCGCAAGUAUAUUCUUCUUUUGUCAGAAAGAAGCGGAGCGGAAAUAUCUUCUCAGCCGCUUGAAUAGUUUCAAUGUCUUCAAUAUUCGUUCCCAGCGUGAGAAAUUUCGUCAGAAGUUUUUCGACCUUCUUGAUCGUGGAGUGGCGUCCGAAAGUGUAUGCAAACCGCUGCUCUCGCUGCUGCAGGAAUGUGGUCGGCAGUCCAAUGGCACCAUUCACAAUGGCUAGGUUUCGAAGAAUGAUAGCGCAGGCGAUGUCAUUUCCCGUUCUGAAUGAACUGCAUUUCCCUCCGGAGUGCAUAAGCACAAGCAUAAUUCAUAAUGCGAUGCUGCGCGGUCAUCGGCUCCUAGUUCGAACCCCUCACUACGUUCCAGAGUGUCUUACCUGUGUGCGCAUGAACUGGCAUAAAAACCAUAGCCGUCGGAAAUAUCCCUACGAGCUUUCAGACGGUAUCGAUUUUUUUAUCAUUCUUUUCGGCGCGGAAGCUGGAACCGGAGAUUUGGAUAAAAUUGCUUGCAUUCCUAAAAAAGUUUUGUACGAGCGGGGAAUAAUCGGCGGAUACGGUCAUGGCGGCUGUUCCACUCCCUUCCUGACUCACAAGGGUGGGAGAACCUCAACCGCCUCUCAAGGUCUUGAGAAGUAUCUCCUUGAUGUUGCCGUCAACUCUAGCGAACCUUUUCAAGUACAAAAACGCACCAGAGAUUUUUUCAAUCGCAUUCUCAGAGAUCAUCACUUACAAGUUUUUUCUGGACAAACGGGUGGGGAAGAAACGCGAGGUGAACAAGAAAGUGCUACUAGAAGAGGUGCUCUCGCUACAGCUCAUCUUGGGAUCAUUUGA